UGCGACUCUUCAGUGGGCAGUAGGCAGACAGCACACUCAUCUUUCUCUUCUCUCCUCUCCACAUCGCAUUCAGAAUCUCCAUCCACAUGUCGAACACCCAAGAUUCGUCACCGGUUGACGAUUUGGCUUCCUUGUUCUCGCAACUCAACUUAGGUGCCACACCCUCCCAAGACCCAGUAGACCAGUUGCUGGCUAGGAUUCAAGCGCGGUGGAACACCUAUCUUGAGGAUUUUACUGAGCUGGACCACGAGGUUGGAAGUGGCACGAAAUUUCUUGAGGCUGCUUUCCGUCGCGUUGAAAGUUCAGACCUCCCGCGCGAUCGUAUUCCUCUUAAAUUGCGGACAGCUCUCUUCAAGGACGGUGGCGAGGAUGAACCUUGGCAGAGACUCCAGCCCCUGCCAGAUGAUCAACUGGACAGUUUGAUGGCCGGGAAGGAUAUCGCAAAAUUUUUGCAAUUUGCCUGCGCACUCGAACGGCCGCCUGCCGCGAUUGAGACAAUGUAUGUCAACUCCAUCCCUCAUUGUUGGCCCGACACUUACGUUACGAUUGUGGUCAUUCUAUAG